AUGGGAAACAAAGAACUCAAAGUACUGAAUUAUAAUCCCCAAGAUCCCGAUUUAAUUUAAUUUAGACAAUUAUAUAUGCGUUAUCCAAAGUAAAGCAAUGUUAAGAGAUCAUAACUUGUCUAAAAUACUUAGGAGCUUCUAGAAUAUGAAAUAGUAAUUCAUAAUGAGGCAUUUUCUGAAGUAUUUGAGCGUAAUCAUUACAUCAAUCUCAAAAAGACUUAGAUGAGAGUGGAUAUAGAUUUAACUAGAUUCUGCAGUGGUUAUAAUGGUUAAUAGAUGAGAUUACUUGGUUAUAAUACUAUAUUAAAUGAAAAGAAAUCAGUAGGCAAAUUUAUGCGUCUAAAAGACUUUGUUGAAUUAGUGACAGAGAAUUAAAAGAUUAGAAUAUUAGAUUUAAGUGAUCAUUCUUUUUAAUUUACUCGUAAACUUAAUCCAGAAGAUAAAUUAUAAAUAGAAUACAGAUAUAUACUUAAACAUGAAAUACUAUAAAAUAAUGUCAGAAUAUUAUGUUUAUAACUUAAUCCAGAAUGUCCAUAUAAAAUAUCAAUAACUACACCAGAACUUUAAUCUGUAAUAUCACCUACUCAUAAAUUACAAAUUAAUAAUAAUCAUAUUUAAUGUAAUUUUUAUAAGGGAACAGAUUCUUCUUUAUUUAUAUUAUUAUUUACAAUGAAGACAGAAUUGAUGUGUACCAAAAUAUAAUUUGGUGCUCCUGGAUAUUCAAUAAAUUAAAAAUAUUGUAUGUAUUUAAAUUUACCAUUACCUACUAUAAUGUAUGAAGAAAUGAUUUAUUUUAAUUGUGAAGAUCCACAAAAAAAUUAAGAAUAAGAAACUAUGGAAUCUAUGCCAUCAUAUUCAAGUAUUACACCAGAAUCAAUAAAUUAACAUUAUUGGCCUUACUUUUUCAAUAUAACUCCAAUUACUAAUUAAAGAAAUAUUACAUUUUUUUUGGAUUAAAGUAAUUCAAUGGAAGGAACUAAAAUAAUGUUAGCUAAAUAAGGAUUAUAAUUAUUUAUUAGAUCUUUGCCAUCUGAAUGUUAUUUUAAUAUUUAUAGUUUUGGAAGUAAAUGGAGAAAGACUUUUUAAACAUAUUAAAAAAUAUGUGAACCUAUUUUAAAAUAGUGUGAAAAAGAAAUUAAAAUGAUGGAAGGUAAUAUGGGUAGUACAUUUUUAUUGGGUGCUAUGAAUGAUGCAUUAUUAAAUUCUGUAAAAUCAUCUGAUGCUACAUGGUUUAUAUUAACAGAUGGUAGAAUAGCAGAAAUAGAAGAAAUAUUUACUUUAUUAAAAUCAAAUCCUCAUAUUCGAGUAUUCUCUUUAGGAUUUGGAUUAGAAUUCGAUUAAGAAAUUGUUGAAUAAUUAGCUACUUAAACUAAUGGAAGGUAUAAUAUUAUUAUCUAUAUAUUAUAGUUCUAUAUUCUGUCAAAAUAUUUAAUCAUUGAAUUCUUAAAUGAUUUAAUUAUUAUAAUUAGCUUUAUUACCAAAAUUUAAAAUGAAUGUUAAAUUUGAUACUCAUUUACAUAUUACUACAAUGUAUCCUAGUCCAAAUAGACCAUAAAGAGAAUUACUAUGUUAUUUAGAUAAUCAACAAUUACAAGAUUAAUCAGAAAUAGAAUUAGAUAUUACUUUCGGAAAUGAAAAUGAACCUCAAGUUACUUAAUAAUAUAGAUGUAAUCUAAGAGAUAUUCAAACUAAUUAUUUAUUACAUCUCUAUGGUUAUAUCUAAAUAUUAGAAAAGAUCUUAGAUGAAAUUUGGUAUUCAGAUAGUAUAUCCUCUAUUUUAUCCAAUCAACUUAAAAGUUCAUUUGAUAUUAACAAUCCAUUAUUAUUGUUAUUCUUUAAUCCUCUUAAUAUUCUUAUGAUUGACAAUUGUGCUGUGAUUUGUAACAUCAAUAUAGAAAAUCUAUAAAAAUUGAUUAAUGAACAAAAGAAAUCUAGAGAUUAUUUGGGUCUAUUAUUAUAAUAUAUAAGUGAUUAAACUUAUGAAUAAGCUAUUAAAUGUAUAAAUGCAAAUGAAAAAAUCUCAGAAGAAUCCAUAUCCAUUGAAAUGGGUUCUAGUUAUACUUAAGCUAAUUAAGAUUAUUUAAUUAAGGUUAUUUAAACAUAAUAAAUUGAUGGAUCUUUUAUGGAUUAAUAAGCACUUGCCCUUGUAUGUCCAAGUUAAUCUAUGAAUGCUAUAUUAGCUAAAAUGCCAGAAUCUAAUUAAAGUUAAUCUCUUGUUAAUGGUAGAUAAACAUAAUAAUUACCUGAUUUCAUAUUAACAUAAAUAUGGGUAACUGCCUUAGUAAUUGCAUAUUUGAAAAAAUAUUAAAGACAAUAAAGAGGUUAAUGGAUAAUAAUUUAUAUCAAAGCUAUUAAUUUCAUUAAACAAUAUUUAAAGAAUUGGUAAUCAUUAUUAUACAAAGCCAGAAUUGAAUUAAUAAAUGCAGGUCUUAAAUGA